AGGUUACCUGGAGGUCACCUGGGGGUACCUGGGGGUACCUGGGGUUACCUGGGAUCACCUGGGGGUCACCUGGGGGUCACCAGAGGUUACCUGGAGGUCACCUGGGGGUUACCUGGGGGUUACCUGGGGGUUACCUGGGGAUCACCUGGGGGUUACCUGUGCUGAGGAGCUCAGGUGUUUUCCAGACUCGCUGGAGCCGGAGCCGCCUCACCUGCGGCUGGCCGGGGGCGGGCACCGCUGCGCGGGGAGGGUGGAGCUGCUGCACCUGGACAGGUGGGCCGGGCUCUGCGGGCACACCUGGGGCCCGCGAGAGGCUCAGGUGGUCUGCAGGUACCUGGGCUGCGGGACCCCCCUGGCCUCACCUGGGGACGCACCUGGGGACGCACCUGGGGACGCACCUGGGGACGCACCUGGCCAGGUGUGGCUGGACCAGGUGAGCUGCAAAGGCACCGAGAGCGACCUGAGGCAGUGCAGGGCGGGGACCUGGCGGGAGCGCACCUGUGGCCAGGGGGGCGUGGCCAACGUGACGUGCUCAGGCUGGGCGCUGGCCACGCCCCCCCAGGUGCGCCUGGCGGACGGGCCAGGUGCGUGCGCGGGCCGGGUGGAGGUGCUGCACCUGGGCAGGUGGGGCACGGUCUGCGACGACACCUGGGCCUUCCCGGCGGCCGCCGUGGUCUGCAGGUACCUGGGCUGCGGCCAGGUGAUCGCGGCCCCGCCCCGCGCCCGCUUCGGGCCCGGCCGCGGCCAGGUGUGGCUGGACGGGCUCACCUGCACAGGUGAGGAGGCCGCGCCCUCCGAGUGCCGCCACAAAGGGUGGGGAGUGCACACCUGCGAGCACAGCGAGGACGCCGGAGUGGUGUGCGCAGGGUCGGGCCUGGCUGACCUGACUCACCUGCGCCUGGCCGAGGGCCCGCACAGGUGCGCCGGGCGCCUCCAGGUGCGGCACCAGGGCCGCUGGGGCGGGGUCUGCGGCCUCACCUGGGCGCUGCCGGCGGCUCAGGUCACCUGCCGCUACCUGGGCUGCGGCCCCGCCCUCGGCGCCGCCCAGGUGAGCGUGCCGGCCGAGGAGCUCACCUGGCUGGAGUGGCUCAGGUGCGAGGGCGGCGAGGGGAACCUGCUGGAGUGCCAGGUGAGCGCCUGGGGCCACGCCCACUGCCCGCACGCCACCGUCACCUGUGCGCCGACAGAUGAGGCCCCAGCGCCCUCAGGUGAGGCCCUGACAGUCUCAGGUGCGACCACGACCCCCCCAGGUGAGGCCCUGCCGCCCUCAGGUGCGACCCCGGAACCCUCAGGUGUGCCCCCAGGUGUGACCCCGGGACCCUCAGGUGAGCCCCAGGAGGGCCAGGUGCGCCUGGCCGGGGGCCCGCACAGGUGCGCGGGGCGCGUCGAGGUGUUCCACGCGGGCAGGUGGGGCACGGUGUGCGACGACACCUGGGACCUGGCGGCCGCCAGCGUCACCU